CCCGCAGGUCGCGCAUCAACAAAUCUCUGCCGCUGCAGACGAAGCUUGAUAUGCACGUUGUUCCUCCCGGCUGCUGAUAUUUGCUCGGACAUCUUUUAUCCUUGCCGUUCUCUAGCUUCCCUGCCUCGUUGCAUGUGCGUCCAGUGCUUGUCUCGAUAGCUGGCUCGAUAGCUGUCUCGAUAGCUGUCUCGAUAGCUCAGCAACCGCGCGCGCGCGGAUUGAUCCACGAUGAAGUUUGGCAGCACCCUGCGCAAGAGCGUCUACGCGCCGUGGAAGGACCAGUACAUCGACUACGACAAGCUCAAGAACCUGCUCCGCGAGCACGAUGACGACAAGCCGUGGACGUCGGAUGACGUGACGCAGUUCACCGAGGAGCUGGCCAACGUGCAGCUGGAGAAGGUGUACAACUUUAAGCGGGACAUCCAGGAGAAGCUGAAGGAGCGCACAACGGCCUGCGAGAAGAAACUCGAGCCGUUGGCCCUCGGCAUCAAGGCCGAGGACGGCGAGGAUGGCGCCGAGGCGGCAUCUUCAUCCAAGGACACCAAGUCGGACGUGCCGCCCGCGGAAAAAAAGAAGCUGCUCCAAGAGGUGCUGAAGGAGCUCGAUGGCAUCACCAAGGAGGUCAAGGAGCUGGAGAAGUACGGCCGCAUCAACUACACGGCCGUGAUCAAGGCCACCAAGAAGCACGACAAGCUGCGCGGCCGGUCGUACCGUCUGAGGCCGUUUAUCAAUGCGCGCCUUACCGAGAAGCCCAUCUACACCGAGGACCAGAGCCCGCUGCUGUACCGCCUUUCGGCCAUGUAUAGCUUCGUGCGCCAGAGCCUGGACGGCAAGCCGCAGGAGGCGCUGUCGUUUGCCGAGAAUGCCAGCGGCAAGGACGAGUUUACCUCGUACAAGUUCUGGGUCCACAAGGACAACCUGCUCGAGGUCAAGACCGUGAUCCUCCGGCGUCUCCCCGUCCUCGUGUACAACCCGCAGACCUCCAAGGUCGCCGAAGGCUCCCAGCGCGAUCCCACCAUUACUUCCAUAUACUUUGACAACCAGGACUUCCCGCUCUAUACGGACAAGGUCAAUCACGUCCCCAAUGCCGCGUCUCUCCGUCUUAGGUGGUACGGCCAGCUCGCCGAGAAGCCCACCAUCCACCUUGAGAAGAAGGAGAUGAAGGACGGGGAUGUAGCUGAGGAGCAGCGGUUUCCCAUCAAAGAAAAGUACGUCCAGCCGUUCAUCGCCGGCAAGUACCACAUGGAGAAGCAGAUCCAGAAGAUGGAGGCCCGCGGUGCCCAGGACCCACAAGACGUCAACGAGUUCAAGAAGUCCGUCAACGACAUUUCCCACUUUAUCAAGGAGAAGGACCUGCAACCAGUCCUGCGCGCAAACUACACACGCACUGCCUUCCAGAUUCCCGGCGAUAACCGCGUGCGCGUCUCUCUGGACACGAACUUGGCUCUUAUCCGCGAGGAUUCGCUUGAUCUGGACCGUCCCUGCCGUGACCCCGACGACUGGCACAGGCGAGAUAUCGACGAUCGCCAGAUGGAGUAUCCAUUCAAGGAGAUCAGAAAGGGCGAGCGGUACGACUUCCCGCACGCAAUCUUGGAAAUCAAGGUCAGGGGCUUGAAGAAAUACGAAUGGAUCGAGGAUCUGAUCAACUCCCACUUGGUCAAGGAGGCUCCUCGCUUCUCCAAGUUCGUUCAAGGUGUUGCCAAGCUGUUCGAAGAUCAGGUGAACACGUUCCCAUUCUGGCUGAGCGAGGUAGAGAUGGACAUCAAGCGCGAACCCGAAGCUGCAUUCGAAGAAGAGCAGAAGAAGAAGCAGAAGGCCGCGGAAGACGACUUCGCCGUCGGCAGUCUCUUCGGUGCGCGUGCAAGCCCCAGCUACCGCCCCUCGGUCAUCUCCCCAGUCGGUUCCCCAGCCGCGGGCACCUCCGCCCGCAAAGCUAGCGCCCCGAAGCCCUCGCCCCUCGUCGUCGAGCAGACCACGAAACCCUCCGCCGAGGAAAUCGACAGCGACGACGACGGCGAUGCCACCAUUCCCGGCCGCACGACGGGCCUCUCCUCCCUCUUCCCCUCGUUUUCCACCUCCAAGUACGCCCGCAGCAAGGAGUCCGCCGCCAAAGCCAUCGCGCUCCCCCCCGGCGUCCGGCACCCCGGCGUCUGGAUCAAAGAUCAGGGCCCCGUGCGUGUCGAGGCCAAGGUCUGGCUCGCGAACCAGCGCACAUUUAUAAAGUGGCAGCACGUCUCUGUGCUGCUUGCGAGCUUGUCGCUGGGCUUGUACAACGCCGCCGGCGAAUCCAACAACAUCGCGCGCAUCCUUGCGGUUGUGUAUACCUGCGUUGCGCUGUUUACGCUGCUGUGGGGAUACGGGAUUUACAUGUGGCGGCGCAGACUCAUCAUGCAGCGGAGUGGGACGGACUUUGAUAGUGUGACUGGGCCGCUGGUGGUCGCGGUCGGGCUGGCGAUUGCGCUGUGCUUGAAUUUCGGGUUCAAGUACCGGGCUAUACUCACCGAGCGCGAGCACAAUCACGCGAGGCAUAAUGGGACGGCGGCAGCGGCGGCGUUGGUCGAAAUGGUGGCGGAGAGGAUUGAGCUGGUGAGGUAGAUGCAUUCCCGCCCGCUUUUCCCGAGCUCGGGGGAGGGAGUGGCGGUUGGUGGAGAGCGGUGAUGGAUUGCGGGAUGCACAUGUAGAGUUGGAGCAGAAUCACGGUCUGUCUCUCCGUUGGGCCAUGUCGCCAGGACGUUUGUCGGUGGUGGGUUGUGCGGAGCGAGUGUUGUAUACCAUGUGCUAUUACUAUUUGUCUGUUGUGGUUCGGGAGCGAUGUGAUGGUGAUAUGAUGGUGAUGGUCUGAUUGCUCGACGGUUUGGUCGAGCGCCUAUACCAACUCACAUUUUUGGUGACAGCGAUGCCAUCUGGAGACGAAUUAAG